AAUGGCGAGCAGGCAGUUGAAGCCGGUGGAGGGAUCCAUCAUCACUCGUCUAGAUGCCGUGAAAUUCAAUCACAUCGUCAUCAGCAAUUGGAAACCGCAACAUGAAGUGUGGCCAUUCUCCUUCGGCGACAACAUCCUCUCCUUGGUGAGCUGCCUGGGAGCCUACCACACCACCUACUACCUACGCAAGGUGCUCAACGUGCGCCCCUACGCUCGUCUCACCUGCUAUUCGCCAGUCAUGGGAAUGGCGGGAAUCGCCAGCUUCCUCUUCCAAUCGGAACACAUCACGGCAAAGGUCCUGGAGAGGGGGGAAUGCUCCCUCUGUGUGGCGCUACGAUCAGCGGCUGGACAGGUAGGAUGUGGCACGAUCUACCCCCUGCUCAUCGCCCCGAUCAUCUGCUUCUACCUGGCCGACAGGUUGCUCUCCUAUCCCGUCCCGCCAUUGGCCAGGGCUCCGAUGGAAGUGCUCAAGCUCUAUGGGAGGCUGCUGGCCAAGAAUCCUCGGCCCUUCUUCGGGUUUGCCGCGGCCAAUGUGGUCGCAGCUUUCGCCAUUUCUUUGCAGAAACAGAGACUCUAUACGGAACUCUUGGACAAGAUGUGAAGAUUGAUAUUUUUCAGAUUAGGAUAAUGAGUUAGGUUUUUUUUUGAAUACUAGGAUAAGACUGAUGUGCCUUGAUGGUUUUUUGAAGCUUCUUUGGGGGAAUUAUCAUAGUGCACUUGGAACUUCUUUUAAUUUUUUACUUAACAGUCAAAACCAUAGACUAAUAAUACAAAUACAAAAGUGAUGACCAGCAACAGGCUCUGGGCCUUGCUAGACUGGUCCUAGUCCAUUUACAAUCCCCAGUGGAGAU